CUAAAACGGGUCAACAAUACUCCAAAUAUAUUUAUUUUUGUCGUCUCUUUAAUCGUUUUCCGUUUAGUAGCAACGAACUCUGAACUGUGUUUUCAUCCUCUCCGCUCGCUCAUCAUUUAAAUCCAUUUCAUCAACGAUAUUCAGUAAAACACACACAUUUGUGGAUAAUAAAAGUAAAAUGAAAAACGUUUUGGAUGUCAUGUCGUUGCAGCAGCACGUGGAAACAAGCAAAGCCCAAAAUAUGAAGCCCAUAGACUAUCGCAAGUCCAGUAAGCCUGGUCUUGUCCCGCUCUACGUAUUCGAGUGUGCUGCCAAGCUCAAGAUGAAACCCCUAACAGCCGCAUGUGCUGCCAUUGUCUAUCAUCGGUUCUUCAAGGAGGUCAAGCCCACGGAUUACGAUGAGUUUCUUAUUGCAGCUUCAUCGCUUUACUUGGCCGGAAAAAUCAAAGACGACGAUACGGUGAAAAUACGCGACGUCAUCAAUGUGGCAUAUAGCACACUGAAUCGGGGAAGUGCUCCUUUGGACCUGAACGAUGAGUAUUGGGCCAUGCGGGACGCCAUUGUUCAGGCCGAGUUGCUUAUAACACGUACAUUGAGUUUUGACCUAAACAUUGAGCUGGCACACAAGCACUUGCUGUAUUACAUGAAGACACUGCAGGAUUGGGUGGGCACGGAUGUGUGGAACUCGGUGCCGAUAGCUAAAACUGCUGCCUCGUACUUGCAGGACUUUCACCACAGUCCCAACAUACUGAAAUACAAGCCCACACAUGUGGCCAUUGGAUGCCUUUCACUCGCACUACAGACAUACGGUGUGCAGGUGCCACUGACUGACGAAUCGGACGAGGCCUCCAUGUGGUACAAGCCGCUGGUUAAGGAUUUCACCAGGGAGAAUCAAUGGGAAAUCAUUGAGGAUGUCAUGGAGCUGUAUAAAAACGAGGCCUCCUUAAUGGCCAUCUAAUCCAUUGUGGAUCAUCAUCUAUCGGCUAUACUGGAGCUAUCACCAUUCCCAUUCGAUUUUAUUUAUUUCCAGCACAAAUCAUAGGCCAAACCUUAUAUAAUUUUAUAAGAUUUCUGGCUGCUCUUUGAAUUUCUAAAUAUAUAUGAUCUUAAUUACAAGAAA